CCCUAUCAUCGUACCUAGCUGUUUCCUCGCCUCGUUUCGCAUUUCCGCCUGUGAUUUAUUUAUUUUCUUUCUUUUUUGUUUUGAGGCAAAGCACAAUUGUAAACCGGGCAUUAUUUUUUUUCCUCUGUGAAUAUCGGUUGUGAUUGUAGCUGUGUGACGAGUAACGUAGUAAUUUAAAGGAAUCCUUCUCUCUCUCUCUCUUGCACCGUUACAUUUGUGCGUGGAACGAAGAAUGGUUGGUGUGUGAGAACGUUGCUGGUGCGCUCGCGUGCGAAAAAACGAAAGAGGGGCGAGGCGACAAGCGAGUUUCGUGGUCACGACACAACAGGGAAGGAGGGCACACGAUCUGUACGAAAAUCGGCCGAUAGACCAUCGCCGCUAAAAACGCGGGGACGUCAGUCGAGCACGACCGCGUGUCGGGAAAUCAGUUACUUGUGUUUAAUAAAAAUUCCCCUCCCUCCCAUAUAUAUAUAUAUAUUCUUUUCUCGGAAAAAAAAAAGUUAAACCCAGAGAGUUUAAUCAAUAGAAAAAUUUUCAUUAUCUCACGUGACAAAGAGGAAUAAAAUUCCUCGUGAAGAUAAGAAAUAAGAAGUAUUUCAAGUGUAAAUAUCAAAAUUUUUAGCCGGCGAAAUAUUCUCCAUCUCUUGACUAAAUAAAAGCACUAGUGCCAACAUUAUUAUAGUGUUUCUCUUGCCAAUCCGGCAACACGCGGUCGAGCAGCCGAAUUUUCUCUCUAAAAAAAAUUAUUUUUUAUCGAUGUGUUCGACGCUCUGGCUCAAAAUCGAGGACAAACCUCGUCAACGUGUUUAACGUGACGUUUUUUUAACAAAGUUUAUGUGCCCAGACAGGUGACAGGAGAAGUGACUUUAGUCCAGGAAACUAGGGGAAGAGGACAAAAGGAAACAGAAAAACGACAAGAUGACGAUUAUAUGGGCGGAUUUAGUGCACAGUUACAAGGAUCUUAUGGACAACAGGUCCGAUCCCAGGGUGAAUAGUUGGGCUAUGAUGAACAGUCCAUUUCCAACAAUGGCUAUUUGUCUAUCGUACGCUUAUUUCAGUAAAGUCGUAGGACCGAGACUGAUGGAAAAUAGAAAGCCCUUCGAUCUACGAAGGAUAUUAAUUUUCUACAACCUCGUACAGACUUUGUUCUCCUCAUGGAUAUUUUACGAGUACUUAAUGAGCGGCUGGGCGAAAGGCUACAGUUUGCGAUGUCAACCAGUCGAUUACUCAAAUAAUCCUUUAGCUGUUAGAAUGGCGAACACGUGUUGGUGGUAUUACUUUAGCAAGUUCACCGAAUUUUUCGACACGUUCUUCUUCAUAUUAAGAAAAAAGAAUCAACAUGUGUCAACAUUACACGUAAUUCAUCAUGGUGUGAUGCCUUUUUCCGUAUGGAUGGGAAUGAAGUUUGCACCAGGUGGUCAUAGCACAUUCUUCGCUCUCUUAAAUACGUUCGUUCACAUUAUCAUGUAUUUCUAUUACAUGGUGGCCGCUAUGGGUCCAAAAUACCAAAAAUACAUUUGGUGGAAAAAGUACCUCACGACAUUGCAAAUGUUCCAAUUUGUACUGAUCAUGACCCACCAAUUCCAACUAUUAUUUACCGAAUGCGAUUAUCCACGUUCAUUCAUGAUUUGGAUUGGUCUCCAUGGUUUCUUAUUUUUGGGUCUGUUCUCUGACUUUUACAAGACAAAAUACACCAUAGUUCCAUUAAAGAGGUCGCAUCAAAAUGGCAUAUCUUCAAAUGGCGCGUGCAUGCCAGUUUUGGACGAUCCAAUAAAGCCAAAGCAAAAUGGCAUCUCGUCAUAUGCCACAAUUUACAGUAAAGAAUACAAUAGUUGUUACAGCAAUGGUACCAAUAAUGGAUAUGUUGCGAACAAUAAUACGGAGAAGAAACUUGCCUAAAGGUUGCUCCGUCCCAAAAAAAGAAAAACAAAAAACAAAGCGAGUGAAAAAAGAAAAACAAGUUUCUUUUUUUUUUACUGCGUGUCUCAUUUGCUGUGCCACGCAUCAAAUUCCAAAUGGCUGAUUCGCACAAGAAUGAUGAUGAUGAUGAUGAUGAUGAUAAUGAAGAAGAAGAAAUUUCAAUAUUUAAACGAGCGCUCCUUGCCAAUGCCGCGAAACUGCGACAAUAGUGAGAUGCUCACUUUUUUUGCACAUACAUUUACUUUUCUUUUUAAUUUCCGCAAAGGAUUUUUCGUUUUUAUCCGCAAUUUCUAUCUUUUUUUUUCUCUAUAAAAGUGUAUAAAAUAAAUUUUUAAGUGAAACGCAUUUACGAAUUUGCCAUUUGUCUAGUCUUGUAAACCAAAAUUUUUUUCUUUUUUUUUUAAUCUAACGCAACACACCAAUAAUGUGAUGAACAAUCUCGUAAAUUUUUAAAAGUGGAAAAUAAUGUAAAAAAAGGCCAAUGUCCAUUUGGGCUCUUACAUUGCAACAUAUUUUCUCUCCUUUUUUCAAUUCAAUAGAGCGAAACAAACUAUUAAAAAAAAUUUUAAUAAAAAAAAAUGACACUGUCUACUAAAUAAAUAUAUUUAAUUUCCUUCGACCUCUUUUUUUUUCUCGCCCCGUGGCUGAAAAUUGCCUUCAGGCCAUUGGAAAUUUAAAUUUCUUACUUACGACAUUUUUCAAACCUGUUGGCGCAUUUUUUUAAAUAUUAAUACAACAAAUGGUGGGAUUUAUUCUAUCAUCAAAUAAAAUAUUCAACUUAAAAAUUCUAGACCCUGUGAAAAUAUUUAGAGUCUUAAUAUUUUUCCUUUUCCUUGAUAAAUUCCACAAUAGCUCAAAAUUUUUUUUUUUUGUAAGUUGAUGAUGAUAAAAAUUAAUUUCUCGAUCUCGUUUUAAUUAAAACAUUCUUCCUAUUGUGCAUUUCUCUCUACGGAUAAGCUCAAAGUAAAAAAAUUCUUUGAUAUUUAUACAUGAAAUUUUUCUACUGAAUAAUCGUACGAAUAAUUUUUAAGUAGAUGUCGAUUUUACAACUUUAAAAAAAAAAACAUGGGCGCUGGCAAGGAACGCAGUUUGAAAAAAAGGGACUGAGAGUGAGCGCACAAGUGAAAAAAACGCGAAGUUCGUAACUUCAAGAAGCUUUUUCCCAAGAGCUCGCCUAAUUUUUAUUCAGUCAUAAAAAGACUAUGUUUCUAAUAAUUGUCCCGAAUGUGUUCAAAAA